CUGUUUCUUUCCAGGCGAAUAAAUUGUGUUCAGUGUAACUGAGCUGGUUCCGAAGCUCAUCUUUGGUCCUUCAUCUCCGGUUCUGGGCUGUUUCACUGAUCAGAGGUUCUGAUUGGACGGAACUAGCCGCUGGUCAGUGAUGGGUUAAUCAUCUCUGCGUAGGAGCGCUGGUGCCAAACGGAACAAAACCCAAAGCGCCAUCUGUCCAACAGACACUUUGUUCUGGCAGCGACGAGGCGACGCUCCGCUCUUUACGCACAUCAGAGCGCAGAAGCCGCCGAACCAGAACCGCCUCCAGUCGGCGUGAGGCUGCGGCUCUGCGUCUUUCACAGGAAUCCCACCUGCAGCUCCCACAUCCAGGAGGUUUGCUCAGAUCCACCAAGGUUUCGCGUUUCCGCAGCUGCGUAAAGCAGAGAAGUUGCGCUCUGCCGUCGCGCUAAAGCGAAGCUGAGCUCGCUGCGUAGAAACCCCCGGAGUUGGUAGAAAGAUGGAAAACUUCUCCUCCUCUUCCUCUCCGGACCUGAACCAGACGCGGGAGCCGUGGACGGACAACAGCAUCCAGUACAAAGUGCUGAGCAGCUUGUUGCUCCUGCUGAUCUGCACGCUGGGCAUCGUUGGGAACAUCAUGGUGAUCCUGGUGGUGCUCAUCACCAAACACAUGAGGACCCCCACCAACUGCUACCUGGUGAGCCUGGCGGUGGCCGACCUGAUGGUGCUGACGGCCGCCGGACUGCCCGCCAUCCCGGAGAGCAUCUUCGCCUCCUGGGUGUUCGGCCGCUCCGGCUGCCUGGUCAUCACCUACCUGCAGUACCUGGGCAUCAACGCGUCCUCCUGCUCCAUCACCGCCUUCACCAUCGAGCGCUACAUCGCCAUCUGCCACCCGAUCAAGGCGCAGUUCCUCUGCACCCUGUCCAGAGCCAAGAAGAUCAUCCUGGCGGUGUGGGCCUUCACCUCCGUGUACUGCGGGAUGUGGUUCUACCUGUCAGACACCGAGGAGCAGCUGUACCACAACGUCACCAUCAUCACCUGCGGCUACAGGGUCCCCAGGAAGUUGUACCUGCCCAUUUACUUCUUCGACUUCGGCGUCUUCUUCGUGCUGCCGCUGCUGCUCUCCGCGGUUCUGUACGGCCUCAUCGCCCGGAUCCUGUUCCUCAACCCGCUGCCCUCCAACCCCAAAGACAAGAAGAAGCAGGGAGCGAGCGCCUCCAACAACAACCAGGCCGGCAACAAGAGCGCCAGCUGCAAGAACUCCCGGCACUCCAGCUCCACCGCCACGUCGCGCAGACAGGUGACGAAGAUGCUGGCUGUGGUGGUGAUCCUCUUCGCCGCGCUCUGGAUGCCGUACCGGACCCUCGUGGUGGUCAACUCCUUCCUGGACAAGCCGUACCUGGACAACUGGUUCAUCCUGUUCUGCAAGAUCUGCAUCUACCUGAACAGCGCCAUCAACCCGGUCAUCUACAACGCCAUGUCUCAGAAGUUCCGCGCCGCCUUCCGGAAGAUCUGCCGCUGCGGGGGGCGGGGCUCGGAGAAGCCGGCGGCCUACAGCGUGGCGCUCACCUACAGCGCCGUCAAGGACACGUCGCUGGUGGAAAGCACGGACCACUUCACCACCGAGCUGGAGGAGCUCACCGUCACAGACGAGCUGCUGGAGGACCACAAGAUGAUGUUUCCUGACUCCUGUGGAUGUGGAAAGGUGAAUUUCAGUCACGACUGAGGUUGCUUUGAGGCCAGCGGGGGGGCUCGGUGGGGCUCCUGGGGAUUAAAGACCGAGAAAGUGUUGCUUAAUGGACUCCCUUAAGUGGGAUUAUUGUUUCCUGAGUGCCUGGUGACCUUUUGAAAGCCGGGCUGCUGCAGGUAGAGAUGCAAACACAGAUCACAGCCAGCGGAGCGUAAUGAGAGCCUUAGAGGCUUAAAGCCAAACACGCUGUGAGCCCAGCACCAUGCCAGACAUCAUAAAGCCACAGAGCGCGCCACAGAUAAGCGCUUUCAUUACGCAGCUGUUAUCAUCGUAUCGCAGACCUGCCCAGGUAAGGUGUCUGAGUCAACACGCCGCGGCUGAGAGCAAAAACACCUUAUCCACCGCAAACAUGUCCCAGCUCACAUUUACGAUUCCUGGAAACCACGCCGGCACCUCCAGAUGGGACCAAAAUGUCACCGAGCAAUAAAAACGCAUGAAUCCUGGCAGGUGACGCAGCUCCAGGUCCAACGGCGCCGCGGUUUGAGCCGGACGACCCAAAGCCACUCACAGAACGGAGCGACCCGGCCCGACUCCAGGGCAGCAGCUUCGGUCCUGCAGGAACCUGACAGAACCGACCGGGUCGGCUGCCGGGAACUACAGUUCUCGGUUCUGCUUCUAGGAACACGCAUCACCGUGUCUCAGUAGAACGUGAGCAGAGCUCCAUGAGGUUCUUAAACAGCGGCUUUAUUUUCUGACUACCUGCUGAAACACGGGCAGAAUUUUCCAGGUGCGCUCCGUACCUCUGGGCACCUUUAAUCUGCCGUUUCCUGAAUGAUUUCACCUCCAUUCAACAAGCAAAAUAAUAAAAACAGGUAAAGAGAAGCGCAGACACACCAGCUGUGACUGUAGAUGAUGCAGAGCUACAGAACCGGAGCUUCAGAGGCGUCUGCCUCUAAGAAAGUCCAGAACCUGCUUCCUCCGUGAAACUUCCAGGUCUGUAAAGGAAAAAUUUACAUUUUGAAAGAGAAAAUGGACUUCCUCAAACUAAAAGAGUUUUCCCCCCAAAUGUUGGCUAACGAGGGAAAUUCGGUCGCCAUGAUGUCGUCUCUUGGUUCUUCAAGCUACAAGGAAACACAUUUAAUGAUAAUUCAGUAGAUUUAAACAUCCAAAUAUGGGUUAAACUACAGAAUAACCGAAUGUUUCUGCUCAGAGUCGCCGUCUGAUUUAAACGUAAAGCUGCCAAACCUUCCGACUGUAAAUCCUGUUUAAUGCGAACAUGAAGGCUGUUCAACGGCAGCUGUACCUGCAAAUUAUCAGAGGCAUCAUUUAGCACAUUAAAAAUCCUCUAGAGUUCUGCAGAAAUGAUGAACUGCUCUUAAUGUUGAAGAGGAACUGCUAAACAAUAAUUAAAGGUGCAGUCUAAAUCAGAGAGGAGACAUAUUACAAGGAUUACGGUAAAUCACAGUGAAGGAGGAGAUCCUGGCAGAGUCAGCAGCAGAGGGAGGUUUAAGCUGUGGGUUCUAGAAUAAUUCUGAUGAUGCACAUCUAGAACGGACCCAGAGACCGGUUGGUUCUCCUGGACUGAUUGGGUCACGGUUUGUUCUGAUGAGGAGGAGGAGGAGGAUGAAGAGGAGGAGGAGGAGGAGGAGGAAGAGGAGGUUGGCGUUUUAGCUUCUCCUCCUAACCAAACGUGUCCUGUUCUCCAGAGCUUUAUAUCCCUCUGAGCUGUCGGGUCACGAUGAGACAUUCUUCCAGCACCAGAACCGGGUCAGAGGUGAACAUGUCAGCAGUUUGUUCCCUAAGCAGCAGAAAGCAUGAAGUUCCUCAGCUUCUGAUCCAGAGUUUCGUUUUCAUUCAGGCUUCAUGUUCUGAUUAAGUUUCACGGGUCCAGAAUAUCAGUUCUGCAGGUAAAUUCUGCUUUGAUCCGUUCUCAGUGGCUCCUUCUGUAAAGCCUGUAGAAACUGGAACCCUUUUAAAAAGUCUUAUUUUUUAAACGGGCCUCGCUGACCCAUGUUUGGUUCUGAAGCCUCUGUGUCGGUGUUCAGUGAAGCCGCGCUUGUAGAUUAGCUUCUCUGCUGUUUUCCAGCUGUAACAAAGUGAGUUUGGUUCUUCUGUGGAUGUUCUGGUGCCGUUCUGGUCCUCGGCGGAC